AUGCAGCAGCUCGAAAGUCUCGCUUCGCAGCGUCCGACACCGCUGCGUCUCGCUGACAUGUACGAGUAUGGGCGCGGUAUAGAUCCGGCGCAACGUCUCCGCAAUUCGCAGUUCCUUCAUCGUGAAUUGCCCAUUCGCGUCGCCCAACGCGCCUACGACUUACUCACUUUGCCACACGGCUUGUCCAACGCCACACCCAUUCGACAAGUCGCCGCAACCUAUAUACAAUAUCUCCAGCAGUUUAAAUCACGACCCUGCCCGCAGAACAAGCCACAGGAAGAAGAGUUUACGGAUUUUGUGCAAUCGCUGGUGCUGGAUCGCGCGGCCGUUCCGAUUUCGAUUUUUCGGGAGCAACCCGAUCGGUUGCAGGAAAUGGAAGAUGCCUUGUACAGGUUUUUCACCGCCCGAGUGGGGUUGCGGUUUUUAACCGUUCAUCACGUAUUGUCGUCCCGCCGUCCGUCGGCUAAGGCAUUGAAAGAUGUCACGUUUUUGUUCCCACCGGACCAAAGCGAUGAUUUCUUGGGAUGUAUUCAAACUAACUGCGAUCUUGUUAAGGAAGUUAACAAGGUUGCAAAGUUAAUUCAUGAGCAAACAAUGGAAUAUUACGGUAUCUGUCCAGAAAUUGAAGUAAGCAAAAACAAAACGCGAGACUUUACCUACGUUCCUCAUCAUUUGCACUACAUGAUUUGCGAACUCUUGAAAAACUCAUGCCGGGCUACGGUCCAACAAUUUCGUGCGCAAGAAAUGCACACCCAGGGUCCAUACGGACACGAUAGCGCCAAAAUUCCCUCGAUCAAGGUCGUCAUGGUCAAGGGUGAAGAAGAUGUGACAAUUAAAGUUGCCGACAAGGGUGGUGGCAUUCCCCGCUCCAAAAUGGAGCGCAUUUGGAAAUUUGCACAUUCGACGGCGGACCAGAACGAAGCGGAAUCCGAUUUUGGAACGGACGCGACUAGUGGUGCACGGAUUCGCGGAUUUGGCUUGCCACUCGCACGUAUUUACGCGCGCUACUUUGGAGGCGAAUUGACUCUGAAGUCGACGGAAGGGUACGGGUUGGAUGCGUACUUGCAUUUACCGCGACUUGGAGAUGCCUGCGAGAAGCUACCC